ACCACAGCUGCUCCAACAACAACCACAGCUGCUCCAACCACAACUACAACAACAGCUGCUCCAACAACAACCACAGCUGCUUCAACCACAACAACAGCUGCACCAACAACAACCACAGCUGCUCCAACAACUACAACAGCUGCUCCAACAACUACCACAGCUGCUCCAACAACUACCACAGCUGCUCCAACAACUACCACAGCUGCUCCAACCACAACAACAGCCGCUCCAACAACUACCACAGCUGCUCCAACGACAACUACAACAACAGCUGCUCCAACAACAACCACAGAUGCUCCAACCACAACUACAGCGGCUCCAAGCACAACAACAGCCGCUCCAACAACUACCACAGCCGCUCCAACAACUACCACAGCGGCUCCAAGCACAACAACAGCCGCUCCAACAACUACCACAGCUGCUCCAACAACUACCACAGCUGCUCCAACCACAACCACAGCUGCUCCAACAACAACCACAGCUGCUCCAACCACAACCACAGCUGCUCCAACAACUACCACAGCUGCUCCAACCACAACCACAGCUGCUCCAACAACUACCACAGCUGCUCCAACCACAACCACAGCUGCUCCAACCACAACCACAGCUGCUCCAACAACUACCACAGCUGCUCCAACAACAACCACAGCUGCUCCAACCACAACCACAGCUGCUCCAACAACUACCACAGCUGCUCCAACCACAACAACAGCCGCUCCAACCACAACAACAGCCGCUCCAACAACAACCACAGCUGCUCCAACAACAACCACAGCUGCUCCAACAACAACCACAGCUGCUCCAACCACAACCACAGCUGCUCCAACCACAACCACAGCCGCUCCAACAACUACCACAGUUGCACCAACCACAACAACAGCCGCUCCACCCACAACAACAGCCGCUCCAACAACAACCACAGGUCCUCCAACAACUACCACAGCCGCUCCAACCACAACAACAGCCGCUCCAACAACUACCACAGCUGCUCCAACAACUACCACAGCUGCUCCAACAACUACCACAGCUGCUCCAACCACAACAACAGCCGCUCCAACCACAACAACAGCCGCUCCAACAACAACCACAGUUGCUCCAACAACAACAACAGCUGCUCCAACAACUACCACAGCUGCUCCAACCACAACCACAGCUGCUCCAACAACUACCACAGCUGCUCCAACAACUACCACAGUUGCUCGAACCACAACUACAGCCGCUCCAACAACAACCACAGUUGCUCCAACAACAACCACAGCUGCUCCAACAACUACAGUUGCUCCAACAACUACCACAGCUGCUCCAACAACUACCACAGCUGCUCCAACCACAACAACAGCUCCUCCAACAACUACCUUAGCCGCUCCAACAACAACCACAGCUGCUCCAACAACAACUACAGCCGCUCCAACAACGACCACAGUUGCUCCAACAACAACUACAGCCGCUCCAACAACAACCACAGUUGCUCCAACCACAACAACAGCUCCAACAACAACAACAGCCGCUCCAACAACAACAACCACAGUUGCUCCAACCACAACAACAGCCGCUCCAACCACAACAACAGCCGCUCCAACAACUACCACAGCCGCUCCAACAACAACCACAGCUGCUCCAACCACAACAAUAGCUGCUCCAACAACUACCACAGCUGCUCCAACAACUACCACAGCUGCUCCAACAACUACCACAGCUCCUCCAACAACUACCACAGCCGCUACAACCACAACCACAGCCGCUCCAACAACAACCACAGCCGCUCCAACAACAACCACAGUUGCUCCAACAACAACAACAGCCGCUCCAACAACAACCACAGCCGCUCCAACCACAACCACAGCCGCUCCAACAACUACCACAGCCGCUCCAACAACUACCACAACAACAACCACAGCUGCUCCAACAACUACCACAGCUGCUCCAACCACAACAACAGCCGCUCCAACAACUACCACAGCCGCUCCAACAACAACCACAGUUGCACCAACCACAACAACAGCCGCUCCAACAACAACCACAGCUCCACCAACAACUACCACAGCCGCUCCAACAACAACCACAGUUGCUCCAACAACAACAACAACAGCUGCUCCAACAACUACCACAGCUGCUCCAACCACAACCACACCUGCUCCAACAACUACCACAGCUGCUCCAACAACUACCACAGUUGCUCCAACCACAACUACAGCCGCUCCAACAACUACCACAGCUGCUGCUCCAACCACAACAACAGCCACUCCAACCACAACAACAGCCGCUCCAACAACAACCACAGUUGCUCCAACAACUACCACAGCUGCUUCAACAACAACUACAGCCGCUCCAACAACUACCACAGCCGCUUCAACAACAACCACAGUUGCUCCAACAACAACCACAGCUCCUCCAACAACUACAACUGCCGCUCCAACAACUACCACAGCCGCUCCAACAACAACCACAGCUGCUCCAACCACAACAACAGCCGCUCCAACAACUACCACAGCCGCUCCAACAACUACUACAGCUGCUCCAACCACAACAAUAGCUGCACCAACAACUACCACAGCCGCUCCGACAACAACCAUAACAACCACAGCUGCUCCAACCACAACAACAGCCGCUCCAACCACAACAACAGCCGCUCCAACAACAACCAUAGCCGCUCCAACAACAACCACAGCUCCUCCAACAACUACAACAGCCGCUCCAACAACAACCACAGCUGCUUCAACAACUACCACAGCUCCUCCAACAACUAACACAGCUGCUUCAACAACUACUACAGCCGCUCCAACAACUACCACAGCCGCUGCAACAACAACCACAGUUGCUCCAACAACAACCACAGCUCCUCCAACAACAACCACAGUUGCUCCAACAACAACCACAGUUGCUCCGACUACAACCACAGCUGCUCCAACCACAACAACAGCCGCUCCAACAACUACCACAGCCGCUCCGACAACAACCACAGUUGCUCCGACUACAACCACAGCUGCUCCAACCACAACCACAGCUGCUCCAACAACUACCACAGUUGCUCCAACCACAACAACAGCCGCUCCAACCACAACAACAGCCGCUCCAACAACUACAGCCGCUCCAACAACAACCACAGCUGCUCCAACAACUACAGCCGCUCCAACAACUACCACAGCCGCUCCGACAACAACCACAGUUGCUCCAACCACAACAACAGCUGCUCCAACAACUACCACAGCUGCUCCAACAACUACCACAGCUGCUCCAACAACUACCACAGUUGCUCCAACAACUACCACAGCCGCUCCAACAACUACCCCAGCUGCUCCAACAACUACCACAGCGGCUCCAACAACAACUACAGCCACUCCAACCACAACCACAGCCGCUCCAACCACAACCACAGCCGCUCCAACAACAACCACAGUUGCUCCAACAACAACCACAGCUGCUCCAACCACAACAACAGCCGCUCCAACAACUACCACAGCCGCUCCAACAACAACCACAGUUGCACCAACUACAACUACAGCUGCUCCAACAACUACCACAGCCGCACCAACAACUACAGCUGCUCCAACCACAACAACAGCCGCUCCAACAACUACCACAGCCGCUCCAACAACAACCACAGCUGCUCCAACAACAACCACAGUUGCACCAACUACAACAACAGCCGCUCCAACAACUACCACAGCCGCUCCAACAACAACCACAGCUGCUCCAACCACAACAACAGCCGCUCCAACAACUACCACAGCCGCUCCAACAACAACCAUAGCCGCUCCAACAACAACCACAGUUGCUCCAACAACAACCACAGCUGCUCCAACCACAACAACAUACGACGCCAUCUACAGAGCUAAAUUUGGCUCUCUCUUCGUCCGCAGUUUUGUAAUUGCAUUUAGAAACACCCAAGACAAAUUCAACAACUGCAUCUCCAGAAGUUCCAACCAAUGCUACAACCACAACGCCUUCUACUGCAGCAACAACAACGACCACUACAACUGCAGAGUCAACAGUCGUGACAGCGGCUAUCCAUUGAAGGGCUGGUUGUUGACCCCCCUCACCAACCCUCAGACUGCCCGAGAGCUCGCCUACAACCACGCUCAUAACAUGACUACCGUAUGUUGUCUGGACAGGAGCGGGGGGAUGCUGCUGUACCGCCCCAACAAGGUGGCCCGCAUCAUCAUUGCAUGUGCCACAAUGCACAAUCUGGCGCACAGCCAUGGCAUCCCACUGGCAGAGGUCGAGGAGCCAGCAAGCGAGCCAGAAACCGCCUGUCUCAUCAUGAGGCCGGUCGGACAGACCUCAGGACUGGAGGCACCGGUGGCGUUGGCGGUGGGUUCCUCGGAUGGGAGGGAGGAAGCUGUGACCCGCGAGGUUCCCGGUUUGGCAUCAUCUGAUUGA